AGGACACGCAACAUGGUGCUGCUGAGACUCCAGACUUCUUAGACCUUUACCUCCUGUAGACACACGUCACUGCUGAAGCAGGACAGGUUAUAUUGUGCUCUUCAAUUCAAAAUGGAGGACUUUGAGUACAGUGUGGAGAUCAGUGACCGUGACUGGGAUUGCUUCUUUGCGGAGUGCGAGGAGUGUAGCCUGCUUCCUCCUUCAUUAGCACGUUUGGAUGACUCGGGUUUGAGUGACAUUGAUGACACAGGGUCCAUUCUUUCUAAGAAGGCUCAGGGAGUCGACCCAAAGGCAGGCUUUUCAGAAGCGGACCAUCCCAUCGAUGGCCUGCCAGACUGUGAGGGCUCUCCUGUGGAGCAUUACCUCAGCAAACACACCAUUGGUGGAAUGGAAAGCGUGCUCUCGGGCAGUGAGGAGGAUAUACACCUGCAGUCUGUCAAUAUAUUCUUUGAAAGGCUGAAAAACCUUACAGAGGCUGAGGGGCUUACCGAGCCAAGCCAAGUGAGAGCUGGAAAAAACAGAGAGGCAACACAGGAGGAGGAGCGGUGUAGUGAUGGGCAACAAGCCAGCAGCUGUUCUUUGCCAAGAAACAUCCCCAAGUUAAACUCUCUGCCUGCCAGCGGUGGAACAGCAGUUGGCAGAGAGAGCAUGGGGCCUGUCGACACCGUCAGCAACAUAAACACAAUGAAAAAAGACAUGCCUGGUUCCAACAUUUCCCCUGAACUUGCAGCCAGUAACUUGGUGCUCGAGACUAACAAAUCAACUUACCCUGAAACAAGGUUAUUCAUCAGAGAGGAAGCCUGCACAGAAACCAGGGUAAAUGAGGCAACACAGCUGAAUCAGUCUCAUGACUCACCGGAGGGGGCUGUGUGCUCAGAAACAACACCUCACACUGACAUGGUGAUAAAGGUGGAAAUGUGCCCACCUCUGGAUGAUGUUAAGCAGAAAGAUUUGUUAAGUCACUUAACUCUUGGUAAAAAGUGCAGCACUGAUUCAUCGAGUAAUCUUGAAAUGGUGACAAAUGUUAAAUGGAAGGAAGACCAAUACCCUGAUGUUUUCCAGUCAGAUGCAACAUGCACGAGCAAAUCAGCAAGCCAGGAAUCGUCUCCAUCCAGCUCUAUCAAAAGAAAGAGAAGGAAGAAGAGACGACUCAGUGCUGAGCCAGCUGAGGGUGUGCAUGGAUAUGAUAGGCAGGGUUUCGUUAAGUAUAGUGACUCAGAGGAAGAACCGCAUGCAUGGAGGGGAGGAACGAGUCACUGUUUAUCUGAAGAAAUUAAUUUAUCUCAUUUAAAUGAACCACAAAAAAAUGUUAUGUCCUCUUUAACACCAUAUUUAGCCACCAGCAAUCUCCCAGUGAAGACAUCUGUUGAGGAGCACAAAAUAAAUGACCUGUCUCAUUUCAGCAUGGCAUGUGACAGUCAAUACCAUUAUUUACCAGAGAGCAUAGUCAGAGAGGGAGGGUGUAAAGCAACAGGCUUAGCUGAAAAUAAUGCAACUAAUGACAGGUCAGUAAUCCCACUGAGUGAAACUGGUUACAGUCUAAUGUCAGCACCAAACAACAGUGACAAUGUGGCCAGAAAUCUGUUUGCAGUUUCAACUGCUGAUAGUGUAACUGGUAAAUCAGACCUGGCCACAGAGACUGCAAACUGUGGAGGAAAGGAUGUUCAUUCAGGGAGUCUCCAGCAGUCUGACAAGAUUAAUCAUAUUAUUUGUUGUGAAAAUGAACAAAAGUCCGAAUCUUGUACAGCAGAGGUCAAAUCAAUGAGUAUUUUACCGAGCACAAAGUCAAAUGAUCCUGCGAUGGAAGUCAGCCAACAUGGCAAAAUAUCUGCUGCUAAGUCAGUCCUGGCUGCAGAGGCUGGAAAUUCUGGCAGAGAUAACUGUACACUGUGUCAAAGAGAGGGUGAGCCCCAACAACAGCUGGAAAUUGGCUGUCAAGACAGAGACCGUUAUAGAUCUAUGCUGGAAAAGACUGACUUUCCUCUGUCUGCAAGCAGCUCUGAUGCUUACAACACAAAACCCAAGCAAUUCAAAUAUGUAACCUAUCCAUUCUUGGAUAUUUCCAGUAAAGCAGACUGUGCUAAAUUAGCGUUAGAUACCAGCAGCGCAUUGCCUGAUAAACACUGUCUGACUAAAAGUCCCCCCAGUUCAGAUAUAUAUGUUACAGCACAGCAAACAGAACAUCCUAACACAUUAUCCAGUUCUGAUGUUUUGUCAGAGAAAAAAACAACAGAUGGGAGAUUUGAAUUUGCAGCAUCACAGAUAAUGGCCUUUAUAAGUGGGAAUUCUUCUCAAUCUGGUGAAAUUAAUCAAACAGGCAAAAGUCAGAGAGGAACCAAAUCGUCCAUGUCUGAAGAUGUACUCACAAGUGUUUCAGAUUUUACAUCAGUGUCAUCCUGCUGCACUCUGGACACAGAAUCUUUCAUGUCACUCUCAAAUGAAAGUAUCAUAGACAUGUCAGAGAGUUGUUUAUCUGUCAAACAAAAUGACCCUGAAGAAGAGAAAGCAUCACUAAUACUGGCAAAACAUGAAGAGGGAGAUGGCAUAUCUGAAUCCAAAAGCCAGUCUGCAUCAAAUGACGCAACAGAUUCAAAGUGUGAUGUAGUGGUCAAAGCAGAACAUGUCAUCACAGCUUCCAAAGCAGAAUGUGAACUCGUGAAGGCACCAGAUUCAAAACAUUCAGUGUUUGCUAUGUCUUCUUUUUGGAGUGAGAUGGAGAAACUGACAAUAAACGAUAUUCUGGGUUUACGAAUGAUCAGCAAAGCUGCUCCACCCAGCCUGCUCCCAUCUUUACAAGAAAGUGAGGAGAGUGACACGCUCGCUAUGACAGAUUCUGGCUUUUUUACUCAGCUGGAUGAGUCCAAGCCUGAACAAAUUGAUGAAGACACGUCCGGCAACCUUACCUCUGUAGGAUCAAGUCCUGUUAUAGCAGUCGAUUCCUCCUCUUCAGGAGAUGUUACGUGGGAGAGCCUAAGUGCUGAUAUUUACACUGAGAAUAUGAUGUUGACAUCUCUUAGGGACAUUUCUCAACCGCUUCUCCCUGGAGGUGUUCAAACAGGCCCCAGAAAGAUUUCUAAAAAUGUAAGCGUGCACGAUCUACAUGCCCUGGCAUCUGAUUCUUUCAGCUUCACGAGGAAAGGUCCAACUAUACAAACCUUAAAUGAAGGAGAAUUGCAGAAAGGAGAGAGUUUCACUGAUGGAGACAUGCCUAAGCAAGACAAAGAUGGGGACUCUUUAGCUUCAUCUUCCACAGGCAGCUACAAAAUCUCUCUCACAGAUAUAUUUCAGUAUCUCUUCAGUGGAAAGCAAUCAGUUCCCAGCCAGUCAGCCACAGAUAACAUAACCAACAGCUACACUGAUGGAAAUUCUGUUCCUGAAACGUAUGAUCAUUUCUUCUCAGACUUUGAUACAGAAAGCUUCUUCUACCCUCUCAUCAGUGCAGAAGGUCAGACCAAAAACGAGCUGGUCCCUAUCUUUUCCUACUCUCGUUCAGCUAAUAGAAAUCUACAGUUCCCUGAGGCUUAUGAUCACUUUUUUGCAUCCUCGUCUUCUGAUGAUUCGUCAGUGGAGUCGGAUGAAGAAGAUAGCUGUGGUCCUGUGAAGGUGGUGACCAGGCUCAACCAUAUAUCAAAUGCAUCCCAGGUUUCUACAGAUGUGUAUGAUAAUUUCUUCACAGAUAGCGACCUCAGACAGAAUUUCUUUUGGAAAAACACAUUCUCCUUCAGGAAUGUUGGUUUUACUGGAUCUGCAGUGCAGAAGAAGACUCUUUCACCCCCCCUGGCUUGUGUACCUGGGAAGCAAAGUGCCAGAUCUCUUCGAAGGACAAUGUAUCCUAUGAAUGCUCUGGGAAAUCAAGACAGGAUUUUUCCUGAUCCACUUCUCCUCCACUUGGACGAGAGCAUCUACAGACAACUAGCACAGCAGCCUUUCAAAUACGAGGACUUGCAAAUGGCUGUAUCAAAUCCAAGGUUAGAUGCCUCCCUCCUGCCUCUCAGGCAGUCAGACAUGUGUCUGGUUUGUAUUGCGUUUGCUUCUUGGGUGCUGAAGACUGCAAACCCACAAGUUGGAGAUGCCUGGAAGGCUGUUCUGCUGGCGAAUGUAAGUGCCCUGUCAGCCAUUCGAUACCUGCGUAAAUACGUCAAGAAAGAGGCGGCAGCCAAUGAGAAGAAAUUGGAAUACCCCACCCUGUCUGAUUCAUGAUGUCUCUGUCUCUGAAUAUUUCAAGCUUCAGAUGAAGCAUUUUUCCAUGAACACCUCAUAUGAGCCAGUGCAAGAUCUCAGUCCUUUGAAGAAUUUGUCAAAUGUUUGACAUGCUGUUUCAUGUCUCCAUUGCGUAUUUGCACUAUAAUCGCUUCAAAUGUUGAUCUCUCUAUUGAAUAGAUAUGGAAGGAGGUUUCAUUAAUAGCAGUUUUGCUUUUUGGUAGAUUAUUUUUGCACACAUUUUGAUGUCUGAAAGAUUAAUAUAAAAUAUGAAAUGACCAAAGGCAAGAUGAAACCUGUACAUUUAUCAGAAAGGAGGCUUUGGACAUUUGUGAUUAAGGUUUUAGGAUGUGUUUACUGAUGGAAGGAUAGAGGCAAGUUUGCUCAGAGCUAUACAGAGUUGAGAUGUUAGAUGGACAUGUGAUAAAAGGAUUAACUUGAGGAACGAUUUAGGAUGGUUUGUUUCCAUUCCAUUCAUUUAGCAGAUGAUUUUUUAUCCAAAGCGACUGUUAAAUAUUUCCACAACAGUAAUUGAAAGUGUUUUACAAAAUGAGAUAUGAGGUGACAUCUAUUACAGUGUUUCCCAAAAUGACAAUUUAGCAAAACACCCUUGGAAAAUUAAUUUGAGGGACUGUGUUCUUUGCCAGUAUCAGUUCUAUUAUUUAUGAUGGGCAUUUUAUUUUCAUAAUAGAUCAUUCAUAGAUGACUGUAUUUUAUUUAUUUUAUUGGUUGCUCUGUGAGCUGUUGAUGUUUUUCAGUUUAACUUCAAUAAACAGCGUCUGAGAUGUUU